AUGGGUCUCUUGGACGCAAUUCACGGGGCUGAGAAGAUGAGUAUACCUGUUCCCCUGAGCUUGGAGAUAAUGAGAUUGAUGGGUAUGGUCCCCAGGGUUCGGACGGGAGUUUAUGGCUUGGUUCUACCAGCUCCAGAGAUAGCUGAGGAGGAGGGUGAUGAUGCGGAGGCUUCGCAGCCUGUUCCUGAGCCUCUGCCAACACAUAUGAAGACCGAUGCACCUCUAGUGGCAGAGGACCCACCCACAAGUUUUAAUCUUUGGUGGACACAAAACUGGACAAGAAUCACUUGCAGAUAUAUUGGCCAUCGUGGAGCAACCAUCACCAGGAUCCAGUUGAAACAGUUGGAACUAGAGUGGAAGCUGGAGACUCUCAACUUCUUAACUCUGGCAUCUCUCAGGGUUCUCGACCUCAGUCAAAAUCACUAUCUACAUGGAUCUAUCCCUACAACCAUUUUAGCUCUCUCCAAGCUUACCUUCCUAGAUCUAUCUUUCAAAAAUCUCACAGUCAUCAUGCCUUUAGAGCUUGGUAAUCUGUCAAUUCUAGAAACUUUGUUGCUCAAUGAGAAUCAAACAAGUGGCUCUAUCCCUGCUGCCAUUUUAGCUCUUUCCAAGCUCACCAUCCUUGAUAUCUCUGCCAAUAAUCUCACAGGCACCAUCCCUUCAGAGCUUGGUAAUUUGACAAUGCUCUACACCAUGUUGCUCCAUCAUAAUCAGAUAAGUGGCUCAAUACCUCCUUCUUUUAAAAAGCUUUUGAACCUGAAUUCCUUAGCCAUCUUCCAAAAUUUCUUAGUUGGUUCCUAUCCUCCGGUGCUUGGAAACUUGACCAAACUCAAGUUUUUAUACUUGGGGAGAAAUAAUCUCAUUGGCUCUAUUCCUUAUGCGAUUGGGAAUCUAGUGAACAUGAUUGAUUUUCAAAUAUCUUCCAACCAAAUAACUGGUCCCAUCCAAUAUAGUAUUGGAAACCUAACCAAGCUUUAA